AAUAGGUUUAUAGUUGUGUUGUUAUGUUUGGUAGAAUUACUUGUAAUAUAUGGCCGAAGCAAUUUGAUGUUAGAUCCCUCUACCUGUCUGCCAGGGUGUUAAACUUCUACACUGUACUUGGUGUCUCACCCAAAGCAUCGCCCGAAGAUAUAAAGAGUUCAUACUUUGCAAAAUGUAAGGUGUUUCACCCAGAUAAGCAUAGAGGCGACCAAGCCAUGCAUAAGAGGUUUGUUGAAGUGAAUGAAGCUUAUGAGACGUUAAAGGAUCCUUUGAAACGGAAGGAAUACGACUUGCUUCAUAUUUCGCCAAACAAACGGAGGACAAAUUCUCGUUCAAGUUACAGCUGGGGUGGCACACGUGCCAGUCCUGAUGACGUGUGGAGAGAAUGGAAGAAAGCAGGAGGAGCUAAACCAUCCUCGGAUCGCUGGGAGCAGAGGAGAGAGGACUGGGUGCGGCGGCAACAUCACUGGUAUGAACAAGACAUGCAUUUCCGGCAUUCGGCGCAAAGUCAAAGUUCCAGAGCGGGUAAAAAUCGUCGCAAAGAUCCACUUUUUGAUUAUUGGGAAACUGUAUAUCAAGAUCAAAACCAAACUAAAAGCGACAGAAAUGCUCCAACAAAUUCCCACCAAGAAAUAGCAAAAGCUGAACGAAUUUUAAUUUUUUCUUUUUUUUUAGCUCUUAGUUUUAUUUUAAUAAUGCGCGUUACAUUAUCUGCAAGAUCUUUGUCGCAGAGUCAAGAAUAUGAUAAAGAAACUGAACAAUUUUUAAAUAGAAAACACAAAAAGUCACAGUUAAACAGUAAUGGUGGCAAACUAGAUCCUGAAUUAGAAUUAAAAACAGAAGAUGUAUAAUAAUGAUAGUAUUUUUGUUCUAUAGUUAAAUAACAUAUUAAAAUAUUUGUUCUGUAGUCCAUUAAGUCCCAUAAAGUAUUGCCAAAUUUUUAUUUUACGCAUAACUAUUUACAUAUUCUAAUGCAAGAUUUUGUAUGUAAACAGUUGUUAAAAAUGGGGCUGUUAUGGAGAACACAAAAUUACAAAAUGUUUUGUAGUUCUAUCUAAGUAUCAUACUUUCUUCUAAUUUGAAUAUUUGUUGUUUUUAUAAUGAGGUUAAA